CUGGAACGGACGUGGGCUUGACUGAGCUGGUGGCUGUCGGUCGGUGUUCAGUUCAUAUUCAAUAACUGAAGGAUCUUUUAGUCUGCCUUGACCCACCGAGGAAUAUAAAGUGCUUUGCUUCAGACUUACAGGUCCGGUUCUGUGUCUCAUCCAUGAGCCGGUCAAACGGGACACUGGAGCUCAGCUGUGACAACUGGAGCACAGCUGUGACAACUGGAGCACAGCUGUGACAACUGGAUCACAGCUGUGACAACUGGAUCACAGCUGUGACAACUGGAGCUCAGCUGUGACAACUGGAGCACAGCUGUGACAACUGGAGCUCAGCUGUGACAACUGGAGCACAUGAUCAGAUCCCUUGGAGUCAUGUGUUGUUCAUCAAAAUGGAAUUAUGAGAUUCUACAAUGGCGUCACCGUGACGUCACCCGGUGGGUCUGUGAACUGCUGAGAUGUCUUCAGGAGAAACCCAACAAAGUCCAGUCCACAGUUCACAGAGUCAUGAGCAUCGUGUUGUAUUUGAGAGGACUUGAACCGUACACUCCUCAGGAACAUGUUGACUGACGUCAUGAAUCAAGAGAGAAGUUUAAACAUCCAGGUUAGGUUUCACUUCGGCACCGAUGCAGAAGAUCAGUGAGGCCUUCAUCUUGGAUGAUGACAUGGUGGAUGGAGACCUGGGUGAUGGGAAGGACAUCCGAGCGGCGCGCAGAUCCACCGGUAAGAAGAGCCAAAGCUUCGGCCGUCUCUCGGAGGUCCUGCUGCCCCGGGCGGAGCUGCUCCGGCGCAGCAGCCAGGCAGGAGAGACGGCCUGGAUCCUCGGGCAGAAGACUGCAAAGACACAUCCGGGGGCCGGCUGGAGGGUGUCGCGCUGUGGCUCCCUGGAUGACCCGUCCAAAGACGAGCUGAAAGGCAGACUACAGGAAGCAAGUGAGGUGAUCGACGUCCUGUGCAGUGAGCUGGACGUGGCACAUCGGUACCUGGAAGGCAAAUAUCAAGCUCUGAAGAUAUUGGAGGGAAAGGCCAUCCUGGACAAGGCCACGAGUCACACUAAGAGUCUGCUGCAGAAAAGCGACCAGAGGGCCAAAGCUCUGGAGAAGGAGGUGAACAGUCUGCAGUGGGAGCUCAGCUUCAGCCAGGUCCAGAUGAAGAAGUCAGAACAGUCGUGGGAGCAGAAAUACAACGGAAUCCUGAGUGAGAACAAGACGCUGACUGACGACCUGCAGGAGAGAGAGAGCGAGGUCCAGCUGCUGCGAGCAGAAAAUACUGCUGUGAGUCGACAGUGCUUGGAGCUUCUGUCCAUGUUGAAUGUGAGGGAGCAGAGAGUUUACCUCGGAACCAGACCUCAGUACAGCCCAGAGAGAGAUGCAAGCGUUCUGGAGGAGUCGAUGAAGGCGUGUUUCCUCUCCGUGCAGCUGGCGGUGCUGGGGGCCUGUCGGUGUGUCGGCGCGGCGGAAGCUUGUCCGUGCAGUCGCACCGCUGCUACCAGCAGGAAGCAGCUCGUCCAGCUGCAACAGGAGCUCGAUGCUCAACGUUCCAGGAGGGAGGAGGCGUUGAUGGUUGCAGAUGCUUUCCGCAUUGCCUUCGAGCAGCAGUUGAGGAAACGGAGCGACCACUUCCUGCUGCAGGCGGAGACCAACAUCCUGAAAUCCAACCACUGCAAAGCCGAAGGCGUCAACAGGAGUCCUUUAAUGAGCGUGAGCCAGAGGCUGAGACGACUGCUGCCUUCCAGUGUGGAGCUGGAGACGCCUGACGAUCUGCUGGAGAGUCUCUACAGACUGCUGGACUUGCUGAACGACAAGGACGAGGCCCUGGCCCACCAGAGGAAGGUGAGCCUCAUGUUGGCCCACAGCGCCGACGAGCUGCAGAGACAGUUGCACCUGGAUUCACCCUGUCAGGCCUCAGAUCCAUCAGAGUCCAGCGUCCCGUCGCAGCAACCACGAGACCCCUCGAGGGAUCAGAGCCGCUCUCAGCAAAGAGCCGAGUCACCAGAGUCCAACAGACGAGAAGAGCAACAAGUAGCAACUAAAGAUGAAAAAUGUGUUUUGUCACAUUAGUUAAGUGAUGAGAGCGCGACAGGCUGCGUCUGUCUGUCUGUCUGUCUGUCUGUCUGUCUGUCUGUCUGUCUGUCUCUGUCUGUCUCUCUGUCUGUCUCUGUCUCUGUCUCUCUGUCUCUCUCUCCCUGUCUGUCUCUCUGUCUC